AUGGGGCAGUUCGAUCGCCAAGCUCAAUCUCGUCCGAAACAUGGUAAGCCUACAGACAGUGGUGCAUCAAAGGCUGCUGCACCCCCACCAUCCAGUCGACCAGCUUGGAGAGGAUCGGGCUUUACCAAAAGGGCGCCGCCCCGAAAACCUCAACCAUCUUCUGCGCCGCAUACUCAGGCUCCGACUGAGCAACAGAAUCUCCUUCCGAUCGAUCUGCAGCAGCUUAUUUUGAACAUCGUCCGGACCACGUUUCAUGCGUCGCAAGACUUUGCAGCACUGAAGCCUUUGCUGAGUCAGGUCAACGAUGCGUUACUCCAGGGAAAUUUCGAGGCGGCAUUUCGGACAGAGCAGUUUCGUGAGGCCUAUACGAUUCGAUGGAGUCCAAGCCGUGCCUUGAUGUACUCGAAUGUAUUAGCGAACAUCUGCGAUGAGCACGGAGACAGCCGGUGGGUAGAUCUAUUGCUUGGGAAUGGCGGUGACACGCCGGCCCGGGUCAUUUGCUUCGGCGGCGGUGCGGCAGAAGUCAUGACCAUGGCCGGAGUGCUUCGGUACAGACGAGAAGAUGCGGCCGGUAAACCAGAUGCUGCGUUGUCAUCUCCAUCUUCGACACCGUUUCCGACUCGCAACCCUCUAGUCGACCUUCAUUUGGUCGACGCAGCAGACUGGUCCGCGGUUAUAUCGAAACUCCACACUGGCCUGACAACUGCUCCUCAGCUUUCCAAGUACGCGAGCGCCGCCGCCCGCGCGCAGAAUGCGCCUUUCCUCUCACCGCAGGCGCUCAUGACGAGAUACACGCAGACUGACGUUCUGGAUCUCACACUAGAGGAUCUACAGUCUAUGAUCGGAUCAGAGGUCACGCUAAUCACUCUACUGUUUACCCUCAACGACCUCUACAACACCUCCAUCCGGCGUGCUACAAGCUUCCUACGAAAGUUGAGCGCAGUAGUGCCGAAGGGGUGUCUACUUCUAGUAAUCGACGCCCGCGAAGCCACAUCGACGGCAGAUGGCAUCGAAGACGGACAGGAGAAGACUUACCCGAUGAGCUGGCUUUUGGACAAGGCCUUGCUGCCAGACCAAGUGGCGGUGGACGAUGAGCCCAUUCCAGAACGGCCGUGGGAGAAGCUCGUCGACGACACAAACAGGUUGUGUAAACUUCCGGACAAGGGGCUGAGCUAUCCAGCUGGGUUGGAGAAUUUGAAGACACAGGUGCAUCUUUUCAAGCGGUUGUAG